AUGGUGAACGCUCUAAACCCGAGGUAUCGGUUGCCUAGUAGGAAAUACUUCACAACCACGGGAGUUCCAAAACUGUACAGUGACACCAUGGAGAAAAUGAAGGGGGAGAUACAGCGGCUAAGUGAGAGUGAAGUGGCCAUCACUACGGACAGCUGGACGUCAGUGGCAGGCACUCCCUUUGUGGCUGUGACGGUACAUUUCAUUUCCGACGAGUGGAAGUUGACAAGCGCUUGCUUGGCCUGUAAGCAUUUUUUGGAGGACCACACUGCAGAUCAUCUUUGUGAAAUGCUCACAGACACCUUAUCGGAGUGGGACAUCGAUGUGAAGAACAUAUUUUGCAGCACAACGGACAACGGCUCAAAUAUUCUGAAAGCGGUCAGGCAGCUUGGUUUUGAGCACAUUUCCUGCUUUGCCCAGAAUAUAAAUAUCGGGGUUAACCGAGCUUUAAGCCUGACACCGUUGAAAAGGGCAAUUGGGAAACUGAAGGGUCUGCAAAAUAGCAUUUGCUGCAGCUGGAAGAUGAGGAGGGACCUCGCCAGAGCUCAAGAGUUACUUCAGAUGGACCAAGUCAGUUUGCCAAGCGCUUGCCCCACAAGAUGGUGGAGUACGCUUCAGCUGUGCCAAAGGUUUCUCGAAAACCAAGUUCCACUCUGCAAGGUACUCAUGGAGCAUCCAUCUAAAAGACUUUUGAUGUUGGAAGGGGGCGACGUCUCAGCCGUGCAGGACUUUGUGUCUGCAACUACUCUGCUGGAGGACAUUACCACAACUCUAAGUGGAAGCAAUUAUGUCGCGGCGUCAACCGUUCUGCCUCUUUAUAGGCAAAUUAAGAAAAGCCUCCAGCCUGAUGAGGGAGACAGUGUGCUGCUGAAGGACAUUAAAUGUGCAGUUUUAGGCGCACUGUCAGAAAAGUACGAUAGCGCUCCCACGGCAACCACUUUAGGCCUGGCCUCGUUGUGCGACCCGAGGUUUCGCCUGCGUUUCUUAGAGGCGCCAGAGGCCGUCAGGCAGGAGGCCAUCAAGAAGAUGACAGACUUGCACGGGAGUCUGCAUUCUGCUUCUACGGAGCCAAAUACUUGCCCUGCUCCACCCAAAAAGAAAAAGGGGCUGGCGAAAAUUUUUGAUUUGGACGAAGAAGAGGAGGACCUGGCAGUGGCAGAUGGUGAGUCGAAAGCAGAAAAAGAGCUAAAGGAGUAUAUAGCUAUGCCAAGAGUGGACAUUGAUGGAUGUCCUCUGACGUGGUGGAAGGCACACGAGGCUUCCUUCCCAAUGUUGAAGGUGCUGGCAAAGAAGUUUUUGGCUAUCCCAGGGACAAGUGUGCCAUCUGA